UGUCCUCAUAUCGCACCGACAGUCAAACGACUCUCCUCACACCUCGCUCGCACCUUAAUGCCGCGCGCUCCUCCAUGCCAUCACACAGAUCACGCUGCAGGACGCGACGUAGCCUCCGGUAACAGGACCCAGCGAAUGUUAAGGAUCUCCGCCAGGAUCUCCAGUCGUUUCAUAGGCAUACUGUACAAAUAUGCAGCUGAGGGAGAACUGACGCGAAGUUUUCCCACACCGCGCUGCGCAGUGAUCACGUUUCAUAACUGUUUGUGAAGAGACCAGAGGGCCGCUGAGCAUGGGAGUCCGUGUGGGACACCCGCUUCCCUCUGUCGUUUGGCUGGGAUGUGCCAUAGUUUGCGCCACUGUGGUAUGUCCAGCGGGUGCCUACCUUUACAACAAUCGCUACGCGGGUGACCAAGUCUUCCGCAUCACGCCGGACACCAGCCAAGAUGUCUCUCUCCUGCAGCAACUCUUCACCAACAUGACCGUGGACCUAUGGCAGCCUAACAGUGCGUCCCUGAUCCAGGCGGGUAGUGCUGUGGACGUCCAUGUUGGCCGCACGCUCACCCACACACUGCAGCAGCAGCUCCAGCAGAGGAACAUUCAACACAGGGUGCUCAUCCCGAACCUCCAGAAGGAGAUAGAGAAGCAGACGGGGUAUCGCUCCAGCAGGAGGCGCCGCUCGGCACCACAAUACGACUACGAGGUCUACCACUCACUAGAAGAGAUUCAGAGCUGGAUGUUUGAGAUGAACAGGACCCACCCCCACAUGCUGGACAUGUUCUCUGUGGGCAAGUCCUACGAGGGACGGCCCCUCUACGUGCUGCAGCUGGGUAAGCGUGGGAGGGCCUAUAAGAAGGCGGUGUGGAUCGACUGUGGAGUUCACGCGCGGGAGUGGAUUGGACCGGCCUUCUGCCAGUGGUUCGUGAAAGAGGCUCUGAACUCCUACCAGUAUGACUCUGCCAUGAGGAGGCUGAUGAAUCAGCUGACCUUCUACGUCAUGCCCGUACUCAACGUGGACGGAUACCACUACAGCUGGAAAACCGAUCGGUUCUGGAGGAAGACUCGUUCUAAGAACCACAAGUACCACUGCCGCGGAGUGGACGCCAACCGGAACUGGAAAGUAAAGUGGUGUGAGGAAGGAGCGUCGUCCCACCCCUGUGAUGAGACCUACUGCGGCCCCAGCCCCGAGUCAGAGCCCGAGGUCAAGGCCGUGGCCAAGUUCCUACGCAAGCGCCGCAAGCAGGUGAAGGCCUACAUCUCCAUCCAUGCCUAUGCCCAGAUGCUGCUGUAUCCGUACUCAUACAAGUAUGCAGCCAUCCCCAACUUCAACUGUGUGGAGUCUGCUGCCCACAAUGCUGUGACAGCGCUGUAUUCAGCCUACGGGGUGAGGUACAGAUAUGGGCCGGCCUCCACUACCCUCUACGUGAGUUCCGGCAGCUCCAUGGACUGGGCCUAUAGGAACGGGAUCCCGUACGCGUUCGCCUUCGAGCUGCGAGACACGGGCUACUUUGGCUUCCUGCUGCCGGAGUCGCUCAUCAACCCCACCUGCACCGAGACCAUGAGGGCGGUCAAGGCCAUCGCCUCGGGCCUGCUCAAGAAGUGCAGCGGCUGAUCAUGAGGAGCGGAGCGGAGAGGAGAGAGGAGGAGAGGAGAGGAGCGAGGAGAGGAGAGAGGAGGAGAGGAGCGAGG